CUGCAGAAGCUCUUCAUUAUCUACAUUUCGCUCAAUUCUCUCGCAGUGCUACUAUUACAGUCGACAAUUCGCCCCACAGCAUAUCCCGUGGUUCUCAAUCUGUCCUAAGUUCCUGACGCACCUGCACCAGCAGAGUAAAGCUCACCGGAGCGCGCCGUCCAUCGAAACCGCAAUCACCACGAUUAUCUCGAUCCUGACACGCACCGAAUUAUCUUACAUUAGACAACCAACAAAAAUGUCUGACAUUGAUGAUGAUCUCCUUGCUCUUGCCGGUGGCGCCGUCUCUUCUGAUGAGGAAGAUGGCAGCCGCGCAGGAUCGAGGUCUCCCGCGCCCGGCAAGGCUAAGAAUGGAGCGGCGAAGAAGGCGGCCGCAAAAAAGGCCCAAGGACGUGCGCCAGGGGAUGAUUCGGAGGAAGAGGGUGAGGCCUCAUCGGCCCCCUCGAGCCCGCGAUCCGACCAGUCAGUUCCUAUGGACGAAUCAGAUUCAGACUCAUCCGUUCGACGGAGUAAGGCCCGCGACGAAGAGGAGAACAAGUAUCCGGUCGAGGGCUUGUUCAUGAGCCACGCGGAGAAGGCGCACAUCAUGAGCUUGCGGGAGAUUGAGCGUGAGGAGAUCCUGGCGGAGCGUGCGCAGGAGAAGGAGAAGAUGCACCAGAACCGACUGCUUCGCCAGCUCGUUAGUAAUAAUGAGAUGCAGAAGAAGCGAUCAGCCUCGAAUGCAGGGCUGGCCGACGACGACAGGCGCAAGACGUCGAGGGUCCGCACCAAGCUUGGCGGUAGCCGCGUGGGCGAGACUAACGCGGCACUUGACUCGCUAAAGCGCGCCAGGGCGGAGAAGAAUGAGCGCACACGCAGGCGUGAGGAGGACAAGGAGCGGAGGAAAGAUCGUUCGCCUUCGUACCGGGAUGAGUUUGAGGACGACAACGACGCCGACAGUGAGGUCGAUUGGGCGCAUUCUUCCAAGAGGAAGUCCAAAGAAUCAAAGCCUGAGAAGGAGGACUUGCCGGCGGAACUGGAAGACAUUCAGAGGAUCCGGAUGAGCCGCACUCGGUUCGGUCAAGUAUGCUUUAAUCCCGGAUUUGAGAAGAAGAUGGAGGGCUGUUUCGUACGAAUCUCCGUCGGUCAGGACCGGGAGACGCAGGAAAACGUGUACCGCAUGGCGAUUGUUAAGGGCAUAUCAAAAGGCAAAGAGUACGCAACCGACGGCGCUCAUGGUCAAAUAAUCACGGAUCAAUAUGUGACUGCUGCGCAUGGCAAGGCAGUUCGUGACUGGCCCUUCAUCGCUUGCUCGAACCAGCCGUUUACAGAGAACGAGUGGAGGAGGUAUAAGACAACCUGCAAUGCCGAGAAUGUGGACCUUCCCAUGCAGUCGGCCGUGUCCAAAAAGCUUGACGAACUCCACAGUCUACUCAAACACAGCUGGACGGAAGAUGAGCUCUCGGCAAAGAUUGAGCGGGUCAGAAAGUUGAAGGCCAAAUUCCAGGGGCAUGAUCGCUUGCAGCUGGAGCAGGAUAUUGCCGAGUACCGCGCGCUGGGCAUGCACGACAAGGCAAAGGAGCUGGAAGAAAAGCUUGAGACGCUCGAGACGCCGCGCUUAGCUUUUAGGACAUCACUACAACCGGCCGCUAAAAAAGGCGCGGGUAGCGGACCUAACGGAGGACUAUCGCAGCAGGAAAGGCUGGCGCAGAUCAACGCCGAGAACCGCAGACGCAACCGGGACGCGGUGCGGAAAGCGCAAAUCCAGGAGCGAGCGCAGCACGAACGCCGGAUAGAGCGCAGCAAUACACCGAAGAAAGGAGGUGGUACUGAUAGCGGAGCGAGCACUCCGGGCGGUGGUGGUGAGAGUGGCGAUGGGGGAGCGACUAAGGGAGGCUUGCUGCCGCACCUGGCGAAGCUGAAGCUACAACAGAGCUCUCAAGACAAGAAGGGUCUCCCGACGAUUCACAAACCACUGAUGGAUGACGACAUUAUUGGGGCGCUGGAUCUGGACAUUGACGAGGAUAUUCUCAACUAAUCAUGAGAACGUUGGAUGAAAACUAGGAAAAAUAGGGACCAAGGUCCGGUCGAGCGAUCGAUGUUGGGAGAAACUUGUCCAUGUAUAAUGCAACUAACUGUUGACGGUGUCGGAUGAGCGUUGUGGCACAGACUGGGCUGGUUGGUACUGGUUCGAAGCACUUGGAACUACCUACUUAUGCAGCUAGUAGGGUGUUUAGGCAAAUUGCAUAGAUACGUCCAAAAAUCCUUAGCCUCUGAAAACGGCCACUAGAUAUUUAUUUGAAGGCAUAGCGAUCAUGAAAGGAAAGAUAAAUUACAACAAGCA